CAAAGCUAGAGCAUUCUCUGCCAAAGAAUCUUCUUAUUUUGUUUUUGUUGAAAUGAUAUCUUCUUUGUCUUCAUUGGAUGAGGACCCUCUACCAUAAAACAUUUAUGACUAGUUUUCCCUCCUUCCAAAUCAUAUGGCCCACUCACUGCUUCUGAUAUUAUAUGAGCAAGAUGUAUAUAUAUUAUUGAUCAAAAGGUCAUUGCGGUCCCUGAACUUAUGCGCUAGGGUCAAUUAACUCAUACUUAACAGUUUUAAAUUGAGGACUAUAUUCUCUAAUUUUAGGUCAUUUAACCCCCAAAUUGUACAAAAUAAACAUAUUCAAGGGCCAUGAUUACCCAAAUUAGGGGUUAAUUGGCCUAAAAGUUAGUGAGUAUUGUACUACAUUGAUUGGAAGUGUGAGUAUAUGUUUAGGGACCACGAUGACCCUUUGCUCAUGUAGUAUAUGGGUAUGUUGGAGCGCAAGUUGAUUUCGGAACCUCUGAAGUAAAAACCAAAGUAGUGGAGCCACACAAAUGGAAUCCAAGAUGUUUUCAUUUGUGAGAUUCCAGGUGAUAUUUGCCACCAUCGUGUGUGCUUGGAACACCCAAGUAUACAUUAUCAUUCACUGUUCAGAAAUAAUAGGAUAAUCAAGCUUUCUAGGAAAUAAAAAGAUCUACGAUCGCACGAUAGUUAUAAAUUCUACCUCCCAUCUCCCCAACUUAAUCAAGGACUUUCUUGGUUGGCAGAAUGCGACAGCAUUUAUAAUUUUCCAACUAAUUAGUCAAUAUAUUAUUGUUAACAUUGCAACAGCUUUUCUCAAAUUAUCUUUGCAACAUACGAUUUUGCAUUUUCUGUUGUAUGCUGCUUUUCUUUAUAGAACAAGGAGAUCAAGAACUGCAAAAGCCCCCAACAUAUGGAAUUGGUGUGGUUUCUUAAUUUCUUCAUAAUACUUGCAGCAUCUUCAUUUGCAAAACUCGAAGAACACAAGUUAUCUGUCAAUCAGUCCAGCAUACAGCUUAGCUUAUUUCAUGUACACGGGGCUGGCUCUCCUCUCAGUACGAACUCAUCCGUUUCUCUCUAUGAUAUACUGUCACGUGAUGAAAUUCAUGUGAAGUCUAUAAGAAGCAGACUGGAGAAGAAAGGUGUAGAAGGUGCAUCUGUCUCCCGCCACAAAUCGGGACAUCUCCUGGAACCGAAUUUGGCCAACAUCCCCCUGACCCCUGGUUUGUCUAUUGGAUCGGGCAACUACUACGUGAAGCUAGGCCUCGGCUCUCCUCCCAAGUACUAUUCUAUGAUAAUUGAUACAGGUAGCUCUCUCUCCUGGCUUCAGUGCAAGCCUUGCUUUGUAUACUGUCAUACACAGGUCGACCCUCUGUUUGAACCCUCAGCAUCUAAGACCUACAAAACCCUAUCAUGUAGCACCUCCGAGUGCUCUUUGGUUAAGGCGGCUACUUUGAAUGACCCUCUGUGUACUGCUUCUGGUGCAUGUGUGUACACAGCCAGCUACGGCGAUUCAUCUUACUCAAUGGGCUACCUGAGUCAAGAUGUUCUGAGCUUAACACCAUCACAGACGUUGCCCCGUUUCACAUACGGUUGCGGGCAAGACAAUGAAGGUUUAUUUGGACGAGCAGCCGGUAUCAUAGGGCUAGCCCGUGACAAGUUAUCAAUGUUAGGCCAAUUGUCCCUAAAAUAUGAAUAUGCCUUCUCUUAUUGCCUUCCUACUGCUACUUCUACCUCAUCUGGAGGAUUUUUAUCAAUCGGAAAGAUUUCACCAUCCUCCUAUAAGUUCACUCCCAUGAUUAAAAAUCCUCAGAAUCCCAGCUUGUACCUUUUGAGGCUGGCCGCUAUUACUGUGGCCGGAAGGCCUCUGGGAGUGGCUGCUGGUGGGUACCAAGCUCCCACCAUCAUUGACUCCGGUACUGUUAUAACGCGACUUCCGAUAUCCAUUUAUACUCCGUUGAAACAGGCUUUUGUGAAGAUCAUGUCCAGGACACACGCACAAGCCCCUGCGUAUUCCAUACUGGACGCUUGCUUCAAGGGAAGUUUAAAGAGUAUGUCUGCUGCUACACCUGCGAUUCGACUCGUUUUUCAAGGUGGUGCUGACCUCUCUCUAGAGGGCCCUAACAUCCUGAUAGAAGUUGAUAAUGGUGUAACUUGUCUGGCUUUUACAAGCAGCAACCGAAUUGCUAUUAUUGGAAAUCAUCAACAACAAACAUAUAACAUUGCUUAUGAUGUCUCCGCUUCGACGAUUGGGUUCGCUCCCGGUGGCUGCCGAUAGUCUGGUUCUGCUACCCUUGUUUAAUGACUCGAAUCAAUAAAGAAAACACUAAAAAUCGCCUAGUUUUUCCGCCAAAAAAUUAUAUACCUAUUGAUUGUGUUAAAUAUGGGAGGGAGUUGGUGUAAAUUAGUGCUUUUAUAUAUAUAAUUGGUGUAAAUCAGUGUUGGUAUGCGUAGUAUUGCAGAUAUUUUCUCGUGGGUUGCAGCAAUUUGUAAAUAAGAUACUUUCUUCAGCUCAAAUCUAUUUGGGGGAAAACCUAUUAUAUAUCAGCAUCCCUUGCAGGUGAA